AUGGGAGGGGUUGAAACACACAAGAAUUCUGCAGCUGCCACUACUAAAACUACCUAUGUGGGACAAUCCACCAAAGCAGCUGCAGCCGUUCGCAGAUUUGUUGGAGUCAGGCAAAGGCCAUCAGGAAGAUGGGUAUCGGAAAUUAAAGAUUCUUCGCAACGUGUAAGGCUAUGGCUUGGAACGUAUGAUACGCCUGAAGAGGCAGCUAGGGCCUAUGAUGAGGCUGCUCGUGCCCUUCGCGGAGAAAAUGCCCGAACCAACUUCACUUCGGUUAACAAUAAUCCCAACUCCAACACUGCCCAGUCCGGUUCGAAUCCUACUAAUGGUGGGCUCGUGUCAGAAUCUGAUGGGAUGCACAGUCUUAGCUUCUCUUCAUUGAAGGCUAAAUUAAGCAAGAACCUGCAAAGCAUCAUGGCUAGAACAAUAGAAAGCAAGUCCAACAAUAGAGUGAGCGACCACUUCACUUUUGCUAGUAUUUUCCACUUUAGAAGCCAACAAUACCAAAAGCCAGUGGAUAUCAAGAACAUUGAGAAAGUGGUGCAACCAAGCAUCAUUGUUCCCCACGUAACAGAUGAGCAUGAGCCCUCUUCAUGGGAAACCUCCAGCGUUUCAGAUUGUAGCAACGAAUGGAUUGGGUUCAGGCAACAAGGGCUCGAUUCAGAUGGAUCUGAUAUUGGGGAUGUUAUUAGUAUUGGUGAUCAAGGGCUUAAAGACCAAAUGAUGGGUUGGAUAGAUAGCCCGGAGAUCAGUGCCUGUAGCGGUGAAGGUUCAAGGAGUAAAAGAUUCAAGGUUUCCUCUUCUGUAGUGGUUCCUCCGACUUUUAGUGGGUUUCCAUGUCCAUCUUUCCGGGGAUCUCCAUCCUUUUGCGGCUCUCCAUCCUUAUGUGGAUCUCCAUUUCGCGGUGAUAAUUGA